AUGGUGGCUGCUGGCCUUGUUCAUGAGAUGCUGGCACAGGUGGACCUGUUGACUGAGGGGAUGAGUGAUGUUCCCAAGGAUGCUUUGACUCUCUCCCCAAGGUCCUGCCAAAUGUCCAAGCUCAAGGUGACUAACAGUGGUCAGAAAAGGCAAGCACAUGCAUGGGAUGCUCUACCUGGUGGGCGCUCAGGGGCACUCAAAAGAGUGCGCGCACGCCCAACAAACUUUGUUACCCACUUGAAUCCACGGAAGGAUGAUCCAUGGACUUUUCCAGAUAUGGUGAUUCUCCCAUCUUGCCUUGGAUCCAAGAUUGUAGAGGAGGAGUUGAAGCUGAUGCAAACAGUGAUAACUCAUAUGAUCAACAUGAUCACAACCAAGGAUGAGUUCACUCUAUUUACCAAGGGAACCUCAGAAACAAUAGAGAAUACCACUGAUCAUCCAGCAGGAGUGAUAGCCCAGUUUCUUUUGAAGAAACAUGGAGAUGAGGCCAAUGCCAGAGGAUAUGAAUGCAAGGUGAUGCAAAGGGUGUGGUCCAGUUGGGAGACUCUUCACACAGAUCUCCAGAAGCACAAAAUGCUUGAACUUGAAGAUGCAAGCCGAGAGAAAUAUCAACAGCUGCUCAACAGUAGCAAGGCAUGGUGGACAGUAAUGAGGCUGUUCAAGGUCAAACGUUUGCAUACAAAGUUUGAGCUCCUAGUGCCAAAGGAGUUUGGAGACUGCCAAGAGAGUGGAACACUGGGUGUAUCAAGUCAGUUGAAUGCAGUGCAAGCUGCCCUGGAAAUGUCAACUCCAGCCAAGCGUGGGGCAGAAAGCAAUCAUUCCAAUCGACCACAGAAGCAACAAAGACUAAGGGCUAACAAGACCCCUGGUGUUAUUGCUGUUAGGCAGGAUACUUUUGAAGCAAAUCUUCAGGAAAGUGAUGUGGAUGACAUGGAGGAUAGCUCUUACCAUGAGCAAUCCAAUCAUGGGCACACAACAAUGCCAAGCCUUGAAGAUCAUAGUGGUGACCAGGGCCAAGUUACUGGAUCUCAUGGUGGAUAUGAUCAAAUAGAAGAUGUGGAGGUGGACCAUGAUAUUGAGGGGGUUGACACACACCAAGAUGGAAGUGAGGAUGGAGGUGAUAAUGAAGCUGAUGCAAAACUCCAGCAAGGUGGUGAUUGGGAACUAGACAAAUCCAUCCUGAGAGUCAUUGCCAGUGCAGAGUCAAUGACAAAAGAAGAAAGCAGAGGCUUGGCUGAACUCCUGGAUCAAAUAACAGCAAGUUAUAGAGAUGGAGACAUGCAAUACUUGGUGGAUGCAUUGCUAGCAAAAGGAAAGCAUGUAUCAACCAAGCUAAAGAAGGUGCAUGAGCAUGAAUAUAACUCAGUCAGUGAAGAUGAGGAUAGGGGGGAUGGUCAGGGAAGUGCUGCUGAGGAGGAGGAAAGGGAGGAAGGUCACAUGGAGGAGGCAUGA